AUGGUUGCAAUGUUAACUUCGGCCUCUGGUUUCGGCACUCUCCGCAGAUUUCUGAGUGCCCCAGAUGGCGCUGUAAUGGAAAAUGCUAUAGCAGUACCUAAUGCUUCAGUGGCUGUCUCGUCGAAGCAGCGGGCUUCGAUCAAAUGGCUGCUCUCGAAAGCGUUCAACAAUAGAGUACCGGAAAACCUUCUGGAGCCGUUCUACAGGGAUCAUGAGGAGCAGGAGCACUUGAAGCCGGCGAUAGUGGGGGGGUUAGCGAGUGCCGAACUAUACUGCCUCGCCUUAGCCAACAUGUACUCAGACCCCAGCUACCACAGCCUCAACCAUACCAACAUACUCCAAAGCCUGGCGCGCAAGGGAGUGCCUCUACACACGCCUUCUGACUCCGCACUUACUGAGACCGUGCUAAUACAGAAUAAUCCACUUAAAAUUAGCGCUCACUUGGCAGUAAUUGAGGCGAUAAUGAUAGUGUAUGCACGGGAAGUAGUGACAGCAGAUAGAGUGGCUGCGGCCGCGCAGAGAUUCGGUUCAUCUACUUUUACCCCCACCGGCCCAAUGUACACUCACGAGGAAGGCCUUCUGUGUUGGAUCAAUGCAGCGACAGCGGCUUUCAACAGGGCGGAGGAGAAGGGUAACGGCGAGGUGAUGCCAGUGCGUAGUAUACAAGACGUGUGCGAAGGGACGGCGUUGGCGGCGCUAGUGUCGUGGUAUUGCCCAGACGCAUUACCGCGUGGGGCUGUGCGCGUGGGCCGCCUUGCCUCUAUACAAGACUGCCUGAACAACCUUCUACUUGUGUAUGAGUUCUGCCGUUCUAACCUUCCGCACAACUGCUUCCACAUGCUGCCCGAAGACGUGACAUAUAUGCGAGGAUCGAUGCGGCAAAACCUAGUCGCGCUGCUGGCGGAUCUGUUUAAUAUGCUUGAAGUGCAUCCCGUACACGCCGUACAACGGGCACACGCUGCAUCAGGUGCGGACAGCAAUGCGUGGGGUGUGCGACAUAAGCGCCAUCUGCCGCCGCCGGAACCGACACCGAUCCCGCAUCUGCGCGCUGAACCCCAGCGCGGACAUUCGCACCACGACCAGCCCUUUUCAGUACCCCGUUCGCCAUCAUCGUGUAGUAUACGGUCCCGUGCAGGUACCGCUAGCAGUGCAGGAACAAUAACGGGAAUGGGGAUGAGUGGACGGUCCCAAUGUUCGACGCCAGAGAGGAGCGAGCGAGGCGGCAGUCCGCAACGAGAUGAGUUUGUGGUGCAUCGAGGGAAAGCCAUUACCACUCUGUCCGCGAUGCUACGCAGGGAUCUGCACGACGAAAACGUUAACGAACAGCAAGUGGCAGCCGGUCGACCGUCCAAAUGGGGCUCCAGCCGCGAAGGCAGUUUUGCUGGACGAAGAUCUCGUCGCUCUUCGAUAACAGAUGACAGCCAACUGACUGUUGAAAACUUUGGGGGUUCUGCCGGCGCCAACCAUUUCGCGCAAAGGAACCCACAAAAGGAGCUCGCGACAGUAGAAAACAUGACUGAACAUAAACAGUACAAUAGUAACUUACUUCACAAUCCGCCGCUCAGGUCAUCGAGACAAGACAUCCGCGGUUCCAUUCAAUUUCUACACGACGAUUACAACGGUGAAGAUACCCGUUUCGAAAAACCAGUUCGACCCGAACAGACCGAACCGUCCCCACUGCGGCGACAGCUCAGCAGUGAUGCUAUUGCGCUGUCCAACGCGGGUGGGGGGGACGGAUUUUACCUAGACGACCGGGACCUACCCGACGGGGAGCAGCACGUCACUAGCUUUGCACUACUCAACAGGAUUAACUCUAAUGGUGAUCAGAAAGGUCAGUAUUCAAGUAAUAACAGAGAGGACAAAGAGAGACGAAAAAGCACGUCGUUCCUGACCCCGCCGCCCAAUACCACCACCUGGCAGCAACAGUUCCAGCAGCAAGACAAUAAUUCUCACUCCAAUGGUGAAGAUUUAUUGGGGGACGGUGACGGGUUAGGUGUGGGUGCGAGUGGUACAGGAGGAGCGAUGGCCGCACAGCUUAACAAUAUUCGACUAAAGCUGGAGGAAAAACGACGCCGUAUUGAGCUAGAUAAGCGACGGCUCGAACAAGCUAUAACACGGCAGCGGCAAAAUCUCGGUCAUCAAGCGUUCCUGCAGGCCGUCACCAGGGAGGUAAGAACGGACGUCGGUCACGGUGUAGAAAAUUCGGCGAUGGAGCAAUACCAACAGUCCAUAGCGAAAAUGAACUCGAGCCUUCAAGACAUACAGAGCGACAUCGCGCGCCUAGCUACACAACAAAACCAGUUACAGCAGCAACAACAACAACAGCAUCAGCAACAACUGCAGCAACAGCAACAACAGCUGCAACAACAAUUACAACAACAACAGCAGCAGCUUCAACAACAGUUGCAGCAGCAGCAGGCUAAACAAUUGUUUCAGCAACAACAGAGUUUUCAACCGUAUCAACCUAACAUUCCACACUUGCACAGUCAGUUCAGUUCCCAACAAAACAUGUUGCGUGCAGCUGCGAGCGGAUUUGGAUCGACGCCUCAACUGGCAGGUGGAUGCGAACCCGAGAUCGACUGCGGGUCUCAAUGGGAUCCACAGUACCGUGCACUAGAGCCUGAGCUCCCACGACCGACCUUCAUGCUGCACGAUACACCGCCACCACAACCUCAACAUCCUCAGAGGCGUACGUGGGCGCAACACGCGCAACACGCCCAGUUGCAAAACGAACACGCUGAAUUCAGGGGAUGGCAGUUACAUCAACAGAAUCAGCAAUCGAAUACAUACUCGCCGUACACUGAUACGCAGCGGGCGUGGAAAUCGCCUUCACCGCAACCGCCACCGGCAGUCGCAGAGCGUACUAGUUGGUCCCCUCAGGGUUUCAUGCUGCACGAGCGAGCCGCUACAGCACCAAGCGCUCACUUUAAUGGCGAACUUAACCACUUAAGCUACACAGUUACCGAGUCUCCGCGAGCUAGUCCUCGCCGAGACCGCACCCCACAACGAGCACCACAGCGCACUGCCUCAUUGCCCGCCCCACCUGACGAUAUGGAACCUCAGAACAUUUCGUUUAUUGGGAACGCAGAGCAAGAAGAGACCUUGCCUGCAAUCGGGCGCCUUAAUAUCUCGUCUGGCACUCGCACAUAUCGCAUACCUUCGCCUACUCGCCCGUCGCUCUCACGAGAUUCCUUCCGCCAAGAGGAAACCAACGAAAAAGGCUUCUACAUAUCCUUUGACGAUGAACAGCCUAAGCGGGCUAAACCACCUCUUCGCCAGAAGCGAGGUUCGCCUCGCAAGGAGCGCUCCGAUAGUCCUGAUCGCGCUGCUGAGCCCGAUUGGCCUGAGAGACAGGAAGAAGAACAAUUUAUUGUACACAGAAAUACACCAUUAGAAGCGACUGACAAAAAUAGAAUGUCUCCAGCGCGAGAGCCAUCGCGAGAUAUUUCAGCCCGCGACAAUAUCGCUCGCCAGACGCAGCGUCUUACAAACGCAACGCCCUCGACCCCCGUCGCUCCUGCGGCGUUAGUUAUCGGCGAACUCACACCCGAUCCGAAUAGCGCAGAGGAGAUGGAACGUAAGAAAGAACGCAUAAUGAUGCUCUCCCUGCAGCGACGACAACGGGCUGAAGAGGCACGGGUGAGAGCAGAAGCGAAUGCGUCAGCGCGACGAGCAAGAGAAGAGGCUGCUGCUGAGCUGAAAGCGACUCGGAGGGAGGAACAAGCGCGCCGACGCGAAGCCAUUUUGCACCAGUACAAGCUCAAGAAGGCGAUAGACGAGGCCGAACGAGAGGGUAAAGUGCUGGAUAAAUCCGAACUAAUGGAGUCCUUAGCAAGAGUGGGAGGUGGUGGGUCCCAGACGACUGGAGGCAGCGGUACGCGGUUGCGUGGCAAAGCAGCUCCUCGCGCCCGCCCCAAGACGAUACACGUGGAUAGUGGUGCGCUACAUGCGGCGGAAGGCAUGCUGCGACAUCAGCCUUCACACACCAAUCUGGCAGGCGCAGGUGUUGGAACUGGGGUCGGAGCGCGACGGGACUACUACCGCGGCUCACAGGACAACCUGCAUGACAGGACCACGCUCUAUAGGGAGUCCCCAGUGGAGGAUCGAGGUGCAAUGUCACCGGGGAGCGUCGGCAGCGUCAGCAGUGGGCCACUCGCGCGUCGUGGAUCUUGCAAGACAUCGAGAGAGCGCGUCGGCGAGGAACCGCCGACGACACGUGGAAGGUCUAAAUAUUCCACUUACCAGAGUAACUUUAAGGCGGGAAGGAAAUCUAGCUCUCUUAUGAACUUGUGCGACUCGGGUCUUGGUCGCGCCACUCCUCCGCGGCGGGCUGCUUCUCCAGGGCUGCGCACCCUGGGUUCUCCUGGUUCGGGCUCCGGCUCGGGACCCGGUUCGCUGCCUGGCGCCAUUGGGAAGCGAACUCAGCGGCACAAUCAUGGCGCACACCACGACGACACAUCGGACGUCUCAUCCACACACUCCUCGAUUAUGGAUUACUCCGGUCCUAGGUUGUACAAGCAACCGGCGACGAAAUCAAAUCGUGGUAUAAUGUUGAAUGCGGUGGAAUACUGCGUGUUCCCGGGUGCGGUGAACGCAGAAGCGAAACGCCGCGUAUUGGAGGAAAUCGCGCGUUCCGAGAGCAAGCACUUCCUGGUGCUGUUCCGGGAUGCCGGCUGCCAAUUCAGAGCUCUCUACGCUUAUUGUCCAGAAACGGAGCAAAUCACCAAACUUUACGGCACCGGCCCCAAAAAUGUCAAUGACCGCAUGUUCGACAAGUUCUUUAAGUACAAUUCGGGCAGCAAGUGCUUCUCACAAGUGCACACCAAGCAUUUGACGGUCACCAUCGACGCGUUCACGAUACACAACUCGCUGUGGCAGGGCAAGAAAGUGCAGCUGCCCAGCAAGCGCGACAUGGCGCUGGUCAUUUAG